GAACAUUUCCCACAUGCAUUUUGAAUGGUUUAGAAGUUUGGAUGAGAUUCGAACACACUAGUUUACGAUUUUCAUGACUAGUAUUAUACUUUUGAAAAUCUGCUGAUUCAGUUAUAGUUAAAAAUAAUAUAAACUACGUGAGAAUGAAGAAGCUAGAUGUUCGUCAAAUUCUGGCUGAGAGAAAUGAAAGGAAGAAACGUGAAAUGGAGUUAAAUGGCUUUCCAACAGACACGAAUGAUUCUUUGCCUAUGACACCAAGCUUUUCAGAUUCCAUCUUGAUUGAAUCAUCAUCCCAGGGGUAUUCAUCACAGAGCAAUACAGAGAAGAAAUUAAAUAGUUUUACAAAGUUGGACAUUUUUUAUGAGAAACAGGUCUUUCGUCUUUUUUCAGAGGAUCAAGUAAAUUUUUCCUGGCUAGAAAAAGAUGCAAGGAUUAAAGAUGUUCCAAAAAUGCCCCAUGCAGAUCUGAAGAACUAUUUACAGUCAGAAAUACUGGCCAAACACUGUAGGCGUUCACAUAGCUCUAACAUUCUGGCAUGUAGAUACUUGUUUUUCUUAAUGUCUGCAACUGCUAGCACGGAUGUGAUGCAAACUUGCCUUAAGAUUCUUCAAGAAAAAAUAUCUGAUACAAAUGAGCCAUACUCCAUCCUAGUGCCAGACUUACUCAUAGUUCUAAUGAAUUAUGGCACAGUGAGCAGCAAACUCUGGUCUGACGGGAAUCAUAUUUCCUUUCCUCGCACCUUUCGCGUUUAUCCGCUGAACUCAUUUGAUUCAGAACUAAAUCAUAGUUUGCCCUUCCCUCGUCUAAAUUUGGAAAAAGUAUUAUCCCUCUUGCGCUUUAACAUAACAACAUAUCCCUAUUUCUCCGAGUCCGAGAAAGGGGGUUUACUCAACCUGAUGCUUAACCUUUCAAUGGCGAACUACAUAGUAGGAGAUACUUUUCUCAUCCUCAUAAUUAAAGACAUAAUAUGUGCAAUACUUGAUAGCUUCAGAGCAGAAGAAUGGACGGAAGUUGAUUACAAAAUGGUGGAAGAACUUGCGUUGCAAUGUUGGAGUGAUGAACUAGAUGCAAUGGAAAUAGUGCAACGAAUUAGUUUUAUACCGACGACGACAAGCCGUGGAGUGCAACUACUUCAAUCUGCUGCGUUCCUUGCAAUACAACAUCUUAUGGAUUUGGAAGAAAUUACUGUUUGCGGCCGUGUUCUGUUGGAAGACGUUUACCGAUUGGUUUUGUUAUUAAGCCAAAAUAAUUUUAAAAAUUAUUGGACAUUAUUCGGUAUCAUCACGCUAUUCAGUUUUACCCUGGAUUCGAAUGAUUCAUCGUUAGACAAAGAGAAAAUGACAAAUCUUUACGUAGCGAUGAAUGAAGCCCGCCAUAGAAUCAGAGACAUUUCGGAUCAAUUGGAUACUGCCCCUAUGCUUGUAAAAAAUCUCAUGUGUGAGGUCUCUCUGAUGUGGAAGGAUUCCAUUCCCAUUGAUAAUGUUGUGUAAGUUUCAUUAGCUUUGUUUAUAAAGAGCUUUACCUCAUUUCAGGAAGAGUGUGUUAAAAAUGUAUUUGCAAACUGCGAUUUUGCGUAACCUGGUAAAACCCAAAUGAUUGAUUUAUUCUGAAGUACUAUUACAUGUGUGAACACAUUGUGUCAUACCGUAAGUAUCAUCUUAUCAUCAAAGAUCUACCUCCAACGUAGUGGUGAGCCUUAGUCAUUGAAUUAAAGUAACAUGAAAAACGACUAAUUAUCGACAGAACGAUUUAUUUCUCAGCUUUUAUACAAAAGGUUAAUUACACUUUGGGACACUCAGAACGACUUUGCAGUCUCUAGUUAGUCCUGUAAAGGUCAUUGAACCUUGAUCCGAUUCAUUCAAAAGUUUUAGCUUUCUUAGGGCAACGAGUUUCUUGAUUGCCACGCGAGUGUGUGUAUCGACAUUCGGCAACGUAACAGUCAUGAUGAGUCUGUCGCGAAUGCAAGCUUCAACGGCCAGGCGAGUUGUUUCGUUACCUCCAGAUAUGAUUAUGUUUCCAUUAUCGCCUUGUGGAAGAUCUAUUUUGACUCCAUGUUUUUUCUCUAGGAGUUUUGUAAUCCGUCCGCCUUUACCAGCAAUUCGAGGAAUUUCUGAACGUGCAAUAUAACGGAGGGUGGCAAUACGGCCGUCGUUCUCAUUUGGUACCAGGAUCGGAUCUGACUUUGUCACGUUUGGAAUGUCCCCACCCUUCUUGCAGCCCUCAGACGACAAAGAACUUGACUUUUCGCCAAAGUCCCCUGUGUCUCCAGGACUACUCGGAAGGAUUGAUCACGGGCAUAAUGUACCAGUCAACGUUAGUCGAGAGGCCCGCGUUACCAGCAACUUCUACGAGUUGGUGGAUAAUAUACGUCGCAACGGCUGGGAAUGCAAGUGAGACUGUCGUUGAACCUUACCUCCGUCGAUCCAGAUGGCUGGGUUAGUAUCCGGCGAAGAAGCUGAUGAGAUACGGACAACGUAAAGUGGCCGACCUUCGUAUGACCAGCCAAUAUUAAUCAAUUUGACAAUUUGCGGAUAAGUUUUGGCCAGGUAAGUAAGGUAGUCGUAUAUAUCACUUAAACGAUGAAAGCUAGUCCAGUCCAUUUUGUAGGCUGAUGGACCAAUAAAAGAAAAGAAAUUAUAGGUAAAAAAAACGAAAACAAAUAGUAAGGCACUAUCGAAGAAUUUCAAUGAACAUAUCGGUACGGGAUUUCGGCAUCGGCCAAACGUAAUUUCAAUUCCGACUGGAAAUCUGGAGGUAUCAUUAGAUCCAUUGUGUUGUUUAUGGAUCUGCUUUCUUUCCACACAUCGAGUUCUUUUCAUUAUCACGAGAAAAACAAAA